GUCUUGGAGGACACUUCCUGAUGCUGGCACCCGGGUCUGGCUAGUCCAGCUAACUGUUUUAAUUUUCACGGUUUGGGGAAACCUGUGAAACACAGCGUGGUCAAGUCUGAUUCGGCGGUGGGAGCAGAAGAGGUCGGACGGCACCAUGAACGGCCAGCUGGACCUGAGCGGGAAGCUGAUCAUUAAAGCCCAGUUGGGCGACGAUAUCAGACGUAUCCCCAUCCAUAAUGAAGACAUCACUUACGAUGAGCUGGUGCUGAUGAUGCAGCGUGUCUUCAGGGGGAAGCUGCAGAGUAAUGAUGAGGUUACCAUCAAAUACAAGGAUGAAGAUGAUGACCUCAUCACCAUCUUUGACAGCUCUGACCUCUCAUUCGCCAUCCAGUGCAGUAGAAUACUCAAACUGACUUUGUUUGUGAACGGUCAGCCGCGGCCUUUGGAGUCAAGUCAGGUGAAAUACCUGCGCAGGGAGCUCAUUGAGCUCAGGAAUAAAGUCAACAACCUCCUGGACAGCCUGGAGCCCCCCACAGAGCCUGGUCUGGCUGCUACAGCACCUGACAGUGAAUCCGUGGAUGGACGUGAAGGUAAAGUGGUGGCAGCAGACCCCACAGUGAAACAGGCCACUCCAGUCAGCGCAGCCAGCAUGUCAGCAUUCGACCCAUUAAAAAACCAGGACGAGGUCAGCAAGAAUGUCAUCUCUGCUUUUGGUCUGAGUGAGGACCAGGCCCCAGCUCCCGCAGCGGUUGCACCAGAAGAGCGCUCAGGAACCCCUGACAGCAUUGCCUCCUCUUCAUCAGCCGCCCCACAGCCAGUGGCACCCCCACAACCACAGGCUCCCUAUGCCGGAGUACAGCAGGGACCCCCAGCUGGCAUGGACGGUCAGGUGUAUCAGCAGUACCAGGCUCCAGGAGGAUACCCGCCUCAGCAACCAGGUGCCCCGCCACAGCAGCAGCAGUACGGUAUGCAGUACUCUGGAUACAGCUCUCAGCCCGGAGCUCCUCAGCCUGGACCCCCGCAGCCGCAGCCGCAACAGCAGUUUCAGAACUACGCGCCUCCCUCCUCCCAGGCUCCAGCGUCCGGUCCAGCUCCAGCUCCAGGCUUCCAGGGUGGCCAGCAGCAGCCCCACCCACCUCAGGGAGCCCAGCAGUAUCCACCAGGAGCCUUCCCUCCCCAAAACUAUACCUCCCAGGCCUCCCAGCCUGCCAACUACAGCCUGCCGCCCAGCUCCCAGCCCGGCUCAGGGUACCAACCCCGCCCAGGAUACACCCCGCCUCCAGGCAACACUGUCACCCCUCCACCAGGAGCUGCUAACCCCUAUGCCCGCAACCGCCCCCCUUACGUCCAGGGCUACACUCAGCCAGGCCCUGGGUACCGGUAAAAGAGGAUAGCGGAUGUUACUGAUCCUCAUACCCCAAACCCCUCCCUUAUGUGUGGCUCCACCUGUUUGGAGUGGGUGCAGGAAACAUGGUUUACUGCUCUGCACCCCCGACCCCUCCCCCAUACAAAUAUCAAGUCCAAAUAUAAAACAAGCAACCCCCUGAUCCCCCAAGUCUGAUGGUUAGUGUUUGUAUGCUGUCUCUCCAACACACCACUCUGCUCCGACCCUGGUGUUUGUUCCUUGUGUUACUUUCCUCUCUUCUCCCGUCACCGUCGCCUCUGUCUUCUCUGCCCUCUUGUGUCUGUAAAAAUGUAACCAGUCUGUAUGCACACACCUGGGAGACCAAAACAGGCUGUUGCACAAACUGUUUAAUGUUCUUUUUAUGGUAACGCUUUAUUUUGCGAGUAAGAUCAGCAUCCACAUUUUGCAUUGGCGUGUCGAUAAACAUCUCAACCGGUCGUGUUGAUUUUACUAUGUCAGGAUGCAUUUUAAGACACUAUCGAAAUGAAAGGUUACCCCUUUUCUUGUUUGUUUAUGUCUGUUUGUGUCUUGAUUUGAUCAAUUUCACCACCAUGUCGGUAUUAAUGAUGUGUCAAUGAAACUGCCCCAUGUUGGGAACACUAGCUAAGUGAUGGCUUAUGGGAGGUGUAGAUCCCAGCGUCAUGAAGAAGGCUUCUUUUGUUUAGCUAAUUAUAUCAUCUCCAGUAAGGCUUGCUAUUCCUCUCUUUCUCUUUAUCUUAUCACUGGUUUUUACUAAUAAAUCAAAUUCCACCCUCAAGUGAGAUUAGUUGUUCAUGUAUAAACUGUAACAUUUUUUUCUUGAACCUAAUAAAUGAUUAAGACCCA